UCUUGAGGACUGGGGAUACCCCCCGGCCCAGAAAGAAGGGAUGCCACAGAGUCUGGCCGUCCCUUGUUCUUAGCUCUGGGGGAACCUGAUCAGGGAUGGCCCUAAGUGACAAUCUCAUUUGUACCACAGGCAGGAGGUUGGGGAACCCUCAGGGAGAUAAGGUGUUGGUGUAAAGAGGAGCUGUCUGCUCAUUUCAGGGGGUUGGGGGUUGAGAAAGGGCAGUCCCUGGCAGGAGUAAAGAUGAGUAACCCACAGGAGGCCAUCAUAACGUUCACCCUAGAACCAAAGGGGUCAGCCCUGGACAACGCACGUGGGGGUAACAGGAUGUGGCCCCUCCUCACUUCUGUUUCCAGAUCUCAGGGAGUUGAUGACCUUGUUUUCAGAAGGUGACUCAGGUCAACACAGGGGCCCCCAUCUGGUCGACAGAUGCAGUGGUUCUAGGAUCUGCCAAGCAUCCAGGUGGGGAGCCUGAGGUUCUGAGGUGGACAGGCUGACAAGUAGGACCCGAGGCACUGGAGGAGCAUUGAAGGAGAAGAUCUGCCUGUGGGUCUUCAUUGCCCAGCUCCUGCCCGCACUCCUGCCUGCUGCCCUGACCAGAGUCAUCAUGCCUCUUGAGCAGAGGAGUCAGCACUGCAAGCCUGAAGAAGGCCUUGAGGCCCGAGGAGAGGCCCUGGGCCUGGUGGGUGCGCAGGCUCCUGCUACUGAGGAGCAGGAGGCUGCCUCCUCCUCUUCUACUCUAGUUGAAGUCACCCUGGGGGAGGUGCCUGCUGCCGAGUCACCAGAUCCUCCCCAGAGUCCUCAGGGAGCCUCCAGCCUCCCCACUACCAUGAACUACCCUCUCUGGAGCCAAUCCUAUGAGGACUCCAGCAACCAAGAAGAGGAGGGGCCAAGAAUGUUUCCUGACCUGGAGUCCGAGUUCCAAGCAGCAAUCAGUAGGAAGAUGGUUGAGUUGGUUCAUUUUCUGCUCCUCAAGUAUCGAGCCAGGGAGCCGGUCACAAAGGCAGAAAUGCUGGAGAGUGUCAUCAGAAAUUGGCAGUACUUCUUUCCUGUGAUCUUCAGCAAAGCCUCCGAGUGCUUGCAGCUGGUCUUUGGCAUCGAGGUGGUGGAAGUGGUCCCCAUCAGCCACUUGUACAUCCUUGUCACCUGCCUGGGCCUCUCCUACGAUGGCCUGCUGGGCGACAAUCAGAUCAUGCCCAAGACAGGCCUCCUGAUAAUCGUCCUGGCCAUAAUCGCAAUAGAGGGCGACUGUGCCCCUGAGGAGAAAAUCUGGGAGGAGCUGAGUAUGUUGGAGGUGUUUGAGGGGAGGGAGGACAGUGUCUUCCCACAUCCCAGGAAGCUACUCACCCAAGAUCUGGUGCAGGAAAACUACCUGGAGUACCGGCAGGUGCCCGGCAGUGAUCCUGCGUGCUACGAGUUCCUGUGGGGUCCAAGGGCCCUCAUUGAAACCAGCUAUGUGAAAGUCCUGCACCAUACACUAAAGAUCGGUGGAGAACCUCACAUUUCCUACCCACCCCUGCAUGAAUGGGCUUUGAGAGAGGGAGAGGAGUGAGUCUCAGCACGUGUUGCAGCCAGGGCCAGUGGGAGGGGGUCUGGGCCAGUGCACCUUCCAGGGCCCCAUCCAUUAGCUUCCACUGCCUCGUGUGAUAUGAGGCCCAUUCUUGCCUCUUUGAAGAGAGCAGUCAGCAUUCUUAGCAGUGAGUUUCUGUUCUAUCGGAUGACUUUGAGAUUUAUCUUUGUUUCCUGUUGGAAUUGUUCAAAUGUUCCUUUUAACAAAUGGUUGGAUGAACUUCAACAUCCAAGUUUAUGAAUGACAGUAGUCACACAUAGUGCUGUUUAUAUAGUUUAGGGGUAAGAGUCCUGUUUUUUAUUCAGAUUGGGAAAUCCAUUCCAUUUUGUGAGUUGUCACAUAAUAACAGCAGUGGAAUAUGUAUUUGCUUAUAUUGUGAACGAAUUAGCAGUAAAAUACAUGAUACAAGGAACUCAAAUUAAAAGAUAGUUAAUUCUUGCCUUAUACCUCAGUCUAUUAUGUAAAAUUAAAAAUAUGUGUAUGUUUUUGCUUCUUUGAGAAUGCAAAAGAAAUUAAAUCUGAAUAAAUAAUUCUUCCUGUUCA